AUGCGCACAUGUUACGAUGGCAUACCAACAGGUGGCAUGGAUGGAUUCUGCCUUUGCGAUGCUGGAUUCACUGGGCCAUUCUGCGACGUACCUCUAAUCUGCGAAAACGGUGGCAAAGUUACUCACAAUCAAAACAAUGAGUGCGCUUGCCAAAUAGAAUACAGCGGUGAACGAUGUGAACAGUGUGCUAUAGCCCAUUCAUUGGAAAAUGGUCGAGGCAUACCUGAAGUACUGGAGUCAUCGCUGGUAGCGCAUACAGGCUCGCUGUCUUCGAAGCCAUUCGCAUGGCCAAUUGUACUCAUCGGUGGUGGAGCCGCAUUGGCAGCAGUACUACUGAUCACAAUGAUCACCUUGGCUGUGCGACGAUGGAACUCGAAGCCGUCCAGAGAGAACAGCGUGCAUGGCCCACUUGACGCUACUGAUGUUUAA